AUGAUGAAGUUGAAGUCAAAGAGGUUUUGUAGAAGCAUAUCAAAGCUUGGCAAUAUUGGAAACAAAGUAAUAGCACCAUCUCCAAUUGAAAAGGAUUGUAGUGAUGAAGAGAGAGCAAAAAAAGAGAGAGCAAUAAAAGUGAUGAAGAAAUUAUCACAAUUAGAGUUUCAACAAUUUCUAAGUGGCAUGAUAUUUCCAUUGAAGCCACUUCAACUUUUGGAGAAUUGA